UAAACAAAAUUAUCCAUUUUUUUAAAAUUUUUGUUUAAUUGUAUUUAAAUUUUGACCAUAUUUUUUUCCAGCUACCAGUUAUAGCCAAAGGAGUCGGAAAGAAUCAAUUCAAAAGACAUUUUGAGCUUUUCAUUGACUCAAUCUUUUACAGUCUGGUAAGAACUGCUAUUAGUUUUGUUCUCAAGUAGUUCCUACAUAGUGGCCCUUUGAUUGGUGCUCUUGAAUCUGAAUCAUGACAUCUUGUAAAAGUUAGCUGUAUUUCCUAUAUUUGUAUCUUACUGAAAAAGUAUGGCAUUUAAAGAUUCUUUGUACAUGUGAAACUUAGGAUUACCCUGUAAGCUAAACUCCCAAGGUCUCAUGAAUCAUUUAUGACCUUUGUUACAUUUUGUUCUUAAUCAAAACUAAAUUCUCAAACUGAUUGGUUGUCACUAGUGUGAUUUGGACAGUGUUGUAGGACAGUGUAAUAAGACAGUGUAAUGAGACAUUGUAAUAAGACAGUGUAAUGAGACAGUGUAAUAAGACAGUGUAAUAGGACAGUUAGAGGGACAUUUAACACAUCAUGCCUGUGUAAGCAUUUUGCUAGGUAACUGUUUUUGUCUUUUUUAUGAAAACAUGUAACAAAUGCUUGGUUUCUUUCUCAAAUUUUUCCAUAGUCUUAUUAAUUGGUAACAGGACUUUGUGUUGUCCCAUUUGGUCUGUAAUCAGACUUGUUAUUAACAAAUUGGACUCCUGCUUUGAGGUCCUCCGAUUUUGUCAAUCACUCAUAUGAUUACAGACCGAAUUGGACAACACAGACCACUCUGUCCUAUUACCAUUAUUAGCCUUUUUGGAAUACUUGUUAUAAUUAUCCUCACAUCUGGUUUUAUAUGCAUUUCUCUGGCAGAAAAGUGACAAUGCACUAACAUCUACAGCAGCUUCUGAAUGCCUUUCUCAGUUAAGCUCAUUGCUGGGUCCUUCAAUACUUAGAGGACGGAUAGAAAUGCACAACCCCAGGUAAAAGAGCUUGCUUUGUCACCUUGACCCUUUAACUUCCAGAAGUGAUCAACAUAUAACUUCUUCCUAUAAUAUCUAUACACUAUCCAGCAAACAGGUUGAGAGAAUACUCAAACUCAUCAGGUACAAGAUAUUACCUCAAUUGAACACCUAAUUCUCGUAACCAAUUUACAUGGAAAUGUGUAUCAGCUAGAGGGAAGAAUUAAUAAUCAGAUCAGGGGGUUAAAGUAAAUUCCUCCAUAUUGUUCUUCAUACAUUUUCUAUGGUUCUGAUAAAGAGAGCUGGUUUAAUAGUCAAGAUAUUUUUUGGACGAAAAUAAUUUAUUGUAUUUUCCCUAACCUUAAUGUUUUAUUCAGGGUUGAUACUGUAAGGUGCAAUUAAAUGCUAGUCACCAAGAUAAAAGGUUAAAAAAUGAGGGAGGCAUAAGCAAAACAUGAUAAAAACUUAGACCUUGAUUUUCAAAGUGAAAGUUGGGGGAUGCAAACUGUUGUCUGUUUUGGUGCUGUUGCCAGGAAUCCAUCAUGUGACAGUGACCUUGCAAGAAAUAAAUAAAUAAAAAAGACUAUUGAUUUAAGAGAAUAUGUAGUAGCCUGAGUAACAUGUGCAUGGUGAGAAUGCAAGCAAUGCGAAUGAGUGAGCAAAUAUUGCAUGAGUGACUUUUUGCUUGCUUGUGCUGGUUUAUGUCACUUGCUGGCAUUCGAAUGUUAUGCCUGUGAUGCAGGCUAGAGAGUUAGACAUAGAUAGUGGUGUGUUGUAACAAUUGUAAAAACAUACUCAAGCGACAGUAUUGCUAGAAUACUAAUUCAGUACCAUGUGAUUUGUUGACUACCACUUGCUUUACUCAGUGUAAUAUUCCUGGCCAUUUCACUGAUUAUCUGUCUUCCUUGCAUUUUCCCCCAGUUAUCUUGAUCUUUUGCCGCCAACUCCACCAGGACAUGUGUGAUUUACAAGGCUGGAUCCAGCACACAACAAUUCUUUUUGUUUCCAGGCUCCUUGCAAUGCUUUUGCUGUGAAUAAAGGAAGGGAAAAAGACAAUAAUUAUUACCUCUGAAUCAUCAGAUUAUUAUUCUUUUCCAUCACAUUAAUAUGGGAAAGAGAAAAUGUUUCUCCAUAUUUCAGUAAGCUUGGUUGAAUGACUUAGAUAGUUACAUCAAUACCAAAGAGUCUAUAAAAGAAUCUGGUGUUGUUGUCUUAAGUCUUAAAUUCUUAUCAUCAGUAUGCAUAUUCUCCACACAUUUCCAAAGGUGCUGACAUGGAGAAUUUGUUUAACAGAUUUGUUCUUUAUUUGGUGAUCAUUUUGUUUAUUCUCCUUUUUGUGUGUGAUUGAGGGGUGUUAUUGUAAGGAGAAAUUAGAUGCUGGUCACGCUUAGGGGUCAAAGGGUUAUAGAUUGUUCAAAUAUCAGACUGAUUAUUUUAUGUACCAGGUUUAACAGUGAUAAUAUCAGGCUGAUGUAUUGUAUGCAAGAUUAAAAUAAUUCCAUACAAUAAUAUAUUUUUAUUCUCUGUUCAAAAGGGUCAUUUCUUUCUCCUGCCAAGGACUGCAUCUUUUUCAUCUUUCCUCCCUAAAAUGACCAGUUUCCAGAGAAGUGAUUUUAGAUAACUCCCUGUUUGAUUUCAGUGCUUGACAUCCUGUUCUUGUUUUCAACAACAAACUGAUAGGGUUGUUAUGACCUCUUUGUUUGAUUCAGGGGUGAUACUGUUGUGAGAAAUAAAAUACUUGUUGUUCUUUGCAUCAAGGUUACUUCCCACCUACAGAAGCAGAAAAAAAAAUUUUUUUUCUUUUUUUUUUUAAUGAAUUAAAGUCAGACAUUUUGCGAACGUUUCCAAAGAAAGAAUUAAAAGCUCGAAAAUUGUCCGAGUUAUUCAGAAAAACGUAUUUCAAAUAAAAGUUUUAAAUAAAUCAGGAAGUUGUCUUAAUCUUGUAAAUGGUGAAUCUCCUGGGGGAAUUUUGAGUGGGUAACAGCUUAAAAGGUGACAGAGUGAACCCUUAACGGAUUUAAAUUUUUUCUUCUCAUAUUUUUUCUGUAGGAAACCCAUUUUUAACUGGCUUUAAUAUUUUGGCAUGUUCUUCGCCCGCUAGCUCACUUUAGGGAUAGCUGAGGAUAAUUUCCAUGUAUUUGCGCCUGCAAAUAUUAAUAUACACCCACGAUCUGCGAUUGGCCGGCAAAAUUAUCGUUUCCAGUUCCCUUUAAUUGUUGAAAAUUCAACAUGGCGGCGGAAUCGUUGUUGUUCUUUUGUGUACUCCAGUUAUAUUUAGCCGGUUUUUUUUCGUUAUCACAUGAUCUGAUCCAUGAAUAUGACGAGAUGAUACGACAUAUUCCACUAGAACCAUCGCAUAUCUUAAAAAGACGCUCUGUGGACCAGCCACUGCGAAUUUCGCUGGAUUUUCUCAACAUCAGCAAUUUAGAAAAUCCCAGCAUGGUGAAGGAUAUUUUACAACAAGCGCAAAGCUAUUUUAGUAGAACGUUGAAAGUUCGAAAGACAACGACGAAUAUUCGUCUUCAAAGGAGUUGUCCUAACCAGCUUUUUUUCUCUAAAAACGCCGACGGAAGUGGACCAGGGAGGGUCAGAUUUUGUCAAGAAUCAUGCAAUUCUUCUCGAAUAUUAUGCGGACCAAUUGAAAUUCCAGAACACGAUUUGGAUCAGUGUAGGGUUUGUGACAAGAAUGGCCAGAACUGUCGCAACGACACAAGACCUGAAUUCACUGCUGGAGAAGGACACAAGGACGCAGAUUUUAUUCUUUAUGUUACAGCAGUUACUCAUGGGAACUGUGUAAAAAGCUCAACGACUUUAGCGUAUGGUGCGGCUUGUCAACAAGAAAGUGGACUGGAUAGACCUGUAGCAGGAUUUAUCAACAUAUGCCCCAAAAGGGUGACUGCAAGUGAACUGAGAAGCAGCUACAGUGAGGUGAGAGAGAGCUCGUCAAAGGUUGCGAUUUUGAAUUGUCCCUUUCUAGAAUGGCGUCUUAUAAAAUUUAAAACACCAAAUUUUGAAUUUCAUAGUUUUUAGGGAGUUUAUGCCAUCACCAAGGUAAAUACCCUUUAAAGCAAUUUUCAAUUGGGUGUCAACUGUCAUUUGUCUCUACUUUAACUUUGCUCUGUGAUUGGUCUAGAAAACUUGCUACACCCUCUCAACAAUCAAAUGGAAUCCUAUAGAUGUAAAUUUUAAAAAAAGUUUGACUCGUCUUUGACAUUUCCCUGUAUUUCGAGCAGUUUGUUUGUUUCCAUUUUAAGUUCUCAUAGGCCUGUGAUAAUGUAAACCUUUUUUUCUGAUUGGAUUAUUUUUUUUUUAAAGAUACUAAAUUUGGUUGCAGUUUGUACCAUAGUCUACUCUCUGACCAUCAUGCUCCAGAAUUAUUUUAACUAAAUGUAGUCGUGCCAAAUGUAGCCAUGAGUUAGGGACUUGUCAGAAAUUAGCAGGGGGGGAGGGGGGGUGGAAACAGAGGGGGGGUCACAACUUUUUGAGCCUCAGAAAAGGGAGGGGUCAUGAAAAAUGGGCAGUUAAAAGGGGAGGGUCAUGCAAAUAUAUGCCCGUGAUCAUGUAGAGGUUCACCCACAGAAGAAAAAGGAAGUUCUUUAUUUGGCACAAAAACAAACAAACAAUGCUCCCUCAGUGUGGAAGAGGUGGAUGAUCAUGAUGAAUGUGAGGUAGAUGAAGGGAAUGAGGCAUUACCCACUUGUUCUAGUGAUGAAGACUUUGUAUUGGGAGAAAUAGGAGAGUCGAGUGAUCAGUCGGACUCUUAAUGCUGUCAUCGAAAAUGUAUGUAUGUAGCAUGACAAAGAACAGAUUAGAAAUAUAUUUUGAGUUUUCAUAAUACUGACGCACCCUAGUGUAUUGCAAGAACUAGAUUUUUAUCUAGAAUCUUAUUUAGUAAAAAAGAUGUUCUGGCUGCAGUUUAAUCAUCAACAAUAAUCUUUCGGAAAAAAAUAAACAAGAAACAGACAAUCAGAUUUUCUGAUGCUAUCUUUCAUUAAAAGAUAAAACGGUAAAAACGAACGAUAGAAUCCGACGUUUCGGAGUAGUCAUGACUCCAUUAUCAAGGUAAAAAUUCCCACCCCCCCCCCCUGCUAAUUUCUGACAAGUCCCUUACUGUAAAAACUUGCGUAUAAGCCACACUCGUGUAUAAGCUGCACCCCCAACUCUCAAGCAUGAUUUUCGAAAAAAAAAAAAAAACUCCAGAAAAGCACUCUUGUUAAAAAAAGUUGGUUGUUUGUUUGCAGAUGUUCCCGAUAAACUUAAUGAAAUCUAAUGUUGUGUAUUUGCAGUGACAUUAAUACAUUAAUAAGUUACUCAACUCUGGAAAAACCCUUUUUAAAGCUCUUUUUAAAUCGAUUUCCGUAUUUGCUGUGACUGACAACAGUUGUCUUCAUUGCUAAAGCCCACAGCUUAAAUUAAAUUGGAAUUUGAAUGAAAUUAAAGUGCAGAAGAACGAUGCAAAACGUUUGCAUGGCAACCAUGUGGGAAGUCUGGACAGUAGAGACAAAUAAUGGUCUUGUUUAUAGGCCCCACCCACAAUUUUUGGCUCAAAACUUAAGCAAAGAGGUGUGGCUUAUACACAAGUAUUACAGUUUGUUUUCCAGCUGCAGUCUUUAGUUUUUGAUCCACUGAUAAUCAAAGAAAACUUUAUUCUUUAGGUUUUGGCAACUGUCAAACAUGAAAUAUUCCAUGCUCUUGGAUUUGCACCAUCAUUGUAUGCAUUUUUCCGCAAUCAAAGUGGUGAGCCGCUGACUGCUCGUCGCUCCAACGGACUUCCAAAAGAGUAUGAUGAUGUCCUCAAACACUACAAGUGGAGUGAACAGGUCAGGCUUUUGACACAUUACAUUGAAGAGUUUCUACUUUUCUAGACUUAGGGAUCAUGUUUAUCUACUUAACUUACAAUGUAGUAUAUGGUUUGAACCCAGGGAUAAUGUGAUCAUGUAGCUUGUGAUGGAUUGUGGUCAGUAGUGGUGACUGAUGUUUUGACAACCUGAGCGGAAGUGAUCAUUAGAAUAAAGUUAAGAGAUGUUAGUUAAGUGCAAUGAGUGUGACUUGGGUAAAUUGAUUGUGCAGUUAAGUUGUUAUGUUACUGGCUAUAAGAGUAGUGAGUUGGUUGUGUUUGGUCAGUUUCAAUCCAUGUGUAAUGUUUAGUGGUUUGUUGUAAAUUUCAUUACUGUAAAGUCAUAAGUGUGUUGCUGGCAAUUGUUGACUCCUGUUGAGGGGAGUCUGUUAACCACUGUUUAAAUUGGUGAUAUGUAACACACCCCAAUCAAAUCCAGCUGACAGGAUUCAGCUGCACAAUCAAAGUUUUACAAUGGUUAUUUUGGGUUGGGUGAGUGAGACAGAUGGGGCUGGAACUUAGGAAUAAUUUCACCAUUACUGACCCCUUCCCACCCACUGCCAUACCCAAUAGAUUUCAAGAUGCAAUGUGUAGCUGUUUACCUUAUAUACAGCCGUAGUAAUUGUGUUAUUAUCCAACCUAAGUAUUAUGUGCAUGUAAAGAUUGAUUGAAUGCACAGUCAGCAGCACAUGGUUACAGGCAAUUUGUCCAACACUCGUGAGAAGGUGACUAAAAACUUUCCUUAAUCCAAUACUGGACUUAAAUUUCUCAUUUGUUUAUUUAUGUCAGUAUUAUUGUCUUCCUAAAUCUUUGCAGUGCAUCUUACUCGCUAGUCAAAAAAUGAUCAGCAACAAAAUCAAGUGGAUGCUGUGCAAACUCUUUUUUAGUAUUUGUACAUCGCUGACUUGUUUUGUCACUGAUUUUUAGCUCCCCAAUGGAUAUUAACAUUGUAACUGUUAACACAAAUAAAAUCAAUACUGAUUGUUAAAUCAUGAAACUAACAAUUAAAACAUUCAGUCAUAUUUUAAACUGCACUUAACUACAGCAGAAAAAAAAAUUUAAAUAGAUUAAGAGAGAUGGUAAGUUUUGUGCUCAGUAAAAAAAUAGAGAAAGAUGUUUUUCUUUAUGUCACAAGUUUGGGACAAAGAAAAAAAUUUGAGUCUUCAUGAGGAGUCAAACCUCAGACCUUCAGAUUCUGUGCUCUGAUGCUCAAACACUGAGCCAUAGAGACUCUAUGCUGAGUGCAACCUAUGACAAAGUUCAUAUUACAUGUGUCCUGCAUACUGCUGGAAUCAUCAAUGUUGAUAGCAUCAUGUCUGUUUUCUCUACCAAAAGACAUUUUUCUUAAAAUUACUCUAACUCUGACAACUCAGGUUGGAGAUGGGUGCUAUAAGCAAUCUCCCUAAACCUAGGGCUGAUCACGUGACUGAGCGAUCAAGACUGAAUUUCUCCUUACAAUAUUGACACAACGUCAAGUAGAGGAGUGAUGGGAAUAAAGAAAAAAAUCAUAAGGGGAUUAUUAGUUGAUCCAAUAAAAAAUUCUUCAAGCUAACAUCAUAAGACCUGUAUGGCAGACAGUAAGGAAAAUUACUAAUGAGAUCUUGAUCUUGCACUAUGUCAAUAGUCUUGGAAGGUGGUUGUCAUAAAUGUAGGUGUUACAUGGUAAUGUUUCCCAGAGUGAAGGGGUUUUAAAAACACCUAAUUUUGGAUUUCAUAGUUUUUAGGGAAUUUUUGCCAUCACAAAGAUAAAUACCCUUUAGAGGAAUUUUCAGUCGAGUGUUAAAUGUAAUUUGAUUUUACUUUUAUUACGGUAACUUAGCUCUGUGAUUAUUCCAGAAAACUUGCCUCACCCCCUCAACAAUGAAAUGGAAUAUUAAAAUCAAUUUAGCUUGAAUUUCCUUCCAGACUGUCAGGAUGGUAACGAGAAACGACUGGUUAACAAGGUCUGGUACAAUGCAACACAAUGUUUAUAUGAUGGUCACACCGAGGGUGAAAGAAGAAGCACAGAGGCAUUUUAAUUGCUCAACUUUAGAAGGAGCUGAGCUUGAAAACCAAGGAGGUGAAGGUACAGCAUUAGCCCAUUGGGAAAAGCGCUUGUUUGAAAACGAAGCCAUGACGGGUGUUUUUACACAGAAUACCGUGUUUAGUCGAGUGACUCUGGCGUUAAUGGAAGAUACCGGCUGGUACCUUGUCAACUAUGAAAUGGCCGAUCCUUUACGCUGGGGAAGGAACUUGGGUUGUUUGUUUGCUAAAAACAGCUGCGCUGCUUGGAUGAAAGCUCAGAAAACUGCUGGAAAGUCUAUAGCUCCAUUCUGUUCUAAAAUCAAGAAACAGGGUGACUCACGGACUGGAUGCUCCCUCGACAGAACAUCUGUUGCCUCAUGUAACUUAGUAGAAUAUAAACAAAAUCUUCCUACUGAAUUUCAGAAUUUUUUGCCCGGUUUUAUUCCGGGAAUUUCCGAAUCAGAAGACAGAUAUGGUGGGGCGGUACUUUUAGCUGAUUAUUGUCCAUUUUACCAAAGUUUUACAUGGACACAGAAAGGAGAAGAGGUCAGGACAUCUUCUUGUAACUCACAACACAACGCUUUACCGUAUGACCUGAAUUAUGCACUGGAAUUCUACGGCAUUAAAUCACGGUGCUUUGAACAACGAACAAAGUGGAUGAAAGAGAAAUGUGGUACACGGUACACGGCUGUGAAUCAUGGAAGCGGAUGCUAUAAAUUUCAUUGUGAAUCUGAUGCACUGAGGGUCGAAAUCGCUGGUGGCUUUAAAUAUCCAUGUUUCCAUGAAGGCCAGGUUUUGGAUAUUUCUGUGCAAGUCGACAGUUGGAGCUUUCAAGGAACCCUUGUUUGUCCAUCAUGCGAAGAAGUUUGUUCUGACAGUGGAUUUAUUUGCCCGGCAGAAAUAAAACCUGCUCCAAAGAAUUCACAACCAGUAUCCAAAACAUCACCAGUGACUUGUUCUGAAUGUUCCAUAGUAAUACGACAAGUCUUACAUACCCAGUUGCUUUUAAUAAUUGUGUACACGUUUUUUAGGUAUGUUCUUGAAGCUUAGUUUUUUUUCUUGGAUUUUCUUGGAUUUGCUCCAUUUUAGAGAAAAACAUUUCCACUCUGACGGCUUUUUUUUUUCAAAUUUUGAGUUGUAACUGUUGUUAACCGUGAAACCGUUGGCUUUAUACCACUGAUUCAAUUGACUUUCCGUCAUCAACGAUUCAUUCCUCUAAUCCUGUAAUGUGAUUGGCCACUUUUAUUUACUGCGCAAACUAAUCGCACUGGCCAGUCAGAUAAAAGGACGAUGUAGUAAGGAGCCAAUCAGAACUCACGAUAAAAAUAAGCAAACCGCCAGAAGCGCGGGAAAACACCAGCGACCAAGUUAUGAUUGGUUGUAGUUGUACAUUCACAGGAACUAUUCUAGAGGGUUGCGUCACUUUUAAACUCCAACCAACCAACCACAGAGCAAACUAGAAAAAACACCAUCGCAAGUUCCACUGAAUGACACUACAAUAGUCGCACCGUAAGAGUCUGAAAGAGAUAGGGAAAAAACAGUUUUCCGAUAGUGGUACAGGCCACAACGACGUACGCGCGUAGAAAUUAAUUACAUGUACCAUUCACUUAUGCCAGUAGCUUUUUUUGAACCGUUAAAGUGUAUCUCAACUUAAUAUAGUAUAGGAGUAAUUUAUUCCUCAAAAAGGAAACUAGUAAAAUAUCAUUUACUACCUUUAAUUUUAGAAUUAUCAGGUUAUUUUGAAUAUCACGUUCUGAGUUACUUUUGCAAGCAAGAAUUUUUAUAAACGUAAUUUAUUCUUCGGAAUAAUUAUUUUAAAUUGGCAAAUACUGAAUGAUUUGUAUUGCAAUGUAUAUAGCAAAUUAUUUAAAAUUUUACUAUUUUACUUGAAUCCACGAGCACCUUUGUUUUAUUUGCGCAUGAGCCUGCAAGCUCGAAAAGUGCUCCGCAUGAAAAAAUAAGUAAAUGAAUACUGUUAAAUAAAAAUUCGAUCAACAAAACCAAUUAUGCUCUUGCUGUUGAAAUAGGAAGGUUUGGAUGGGUGUGAUGAGUCACUAAG